AUGGACGCUUUGAAACAUAAACAGUUCCCCCCACUCCAAUGGCUCGGUCAUGGGCUCGACAUGACGGCCAUCAGGCCGUUUGACCUCAAAUCUGUUCUCGAGACCGUCAAGAAAAACAGAUUGAUCAUUGAUUUCAGUAAGGACACCACUAUGCACACCGUCACAAUCAAUGAAGAGAACUUCGACAUUCCCGAGUGCAUUUUCGCAUCAGAGCAACACAACGCCUCCUCCCAUGAUACGUCUUACGCAAAUGGAGCAGAUGCUAUUCUCGGAGUGCAGAAAGAUGCAUUCCGUUACCUCAUCGUCGGAAGCAACGACAUGUCAUACUACCCGCUGUACAGGUGGUUCCCAGUUGCCGACCAAUUCGCGCUUUACUAUUUCCACGCCCAUCAAUAUCUCGCGGGUCUUCAGGAUUAUCUUGAAUUUGUGAAUGAAUCCGCCUUACAGGAGGGCAUCUUGCACCUGCCCAAACCUUUCACGCCAGAGUACGUUCUAACGUAUAAAACAUUUUUCAAUACCUACGGUAGCCAUGUCAUCAUCAAUGCCAGCUACGGAGCGCGAUUUCUAAUGAACGCCUGGGCCUCGAACAAACACACAGACGUCAAUGACAACUUUCGUCGAGACGUGACCGCGAUGGCCAAGGGUGUCAACAACGGUUGGACAUACGACGAAAGUGUCUGCACAGAACCUCAAUACGAGACAUUCAGCAGACUGUCGCAGUGCGUGUUCAGUGCGUAUGGUGGGGACCAUGCCCUGGCGUCCGCCCUGGCUCAGCGCCAGAUGAACCAGCAUACGUUCACCGAGUGGCAGAAAUCCAUCAGAGCGCAUCCUGAUCUCGUUCACAUCCAGACAAUCGCGCUUUGGGAACUACUUCGCGAUGUGGAGAGCAAAGAGCUUCGGGCCAGCGGGAAACCCAUCCACGAUGCGUUCAAGUAUAUCACUUCGCAGGAACAGCAGGUGCACAUCACGUACAUCACGUUUGAGAUGGACGCAACAUGGGCGGAACUCGGCAUCCUCAUUGCGGGUACCGUUGUCAUGGGCGGCGAUUCCGAUGAUGUAUCUUAUCCUUCAAACCUGAUGCUGAGCCCUACCAAAUUUCGAUGGGGAGAGGAAAGUGCUGAGCAAACUCACGUUGUCGUCGUUAUUCCAGUUGAGAAUGAUGGAACCCCCAUCGACUUUUACAUUUCUUGCGGACAGGGAACAGUCAAGGUUACCAUCGCUGGCGAGGAACACGUGGGCAAAGAAGAGAACACCGUGUGGUUCCGUCAGGUUCCUGUCGUCAAAUCCAGAAACUCAGGGGUCUGA